AUGCUGAUGACGUCUUUGCAGAAGCUGAAGGACCAAGACAUCGAGAUCAUGAUUUGCACCAAGGGCCUUGUCGGGACUUGCCGGAAGAUCUUGCAGGACUGCGGCCUGCUGGUGUUUUUCUCGCACGUCUUCGGCAACCUCGGGGACUGCUACGGGUGCUUUCUGGACUACGAUGUGCAGUCCUCCCAGGGACAGUGGACACCUCCACCCGAAGCAGCAGCCCUGCUCGGCACUGCAGAUUGCAGCUUCACAGCGAGCAAAGGGGCGCUGAUCAGUGACAUCAUGCAGCGGAAGGGGCUGUCAAUGGUGGAGGUGAUCUUCGUGGACGACGACCCUCGGGAGCUGCAAAGUGCCACGCAGGUGUGCAGCACCUACCAGGUGAAGGAAACGACCGGCUUGAGUCAGCCCGACUUCGACCGCAUAUUUCAACUCCUGGAAGAGCUCCCACACACCAUGAGGAAGGAGUCCUAG